CCCUAGUAGGAAUAGAAAGACUAACUCAGAAACCUCUGACAACCUCUCCUCCUCCAUCGAUGAGCAUUAGGGUCUUGAAAUCUUCUGGUAAUGCUCAUCCACUUUGUUAUGAUGUUCCUCUUGCUCAGAAAUUCAGACUCCAACAGAAUGUCCUAUCAGAGUUCUCUAUGAAUGGCCAACUUGAGUCAUUUGGAGGAGAAGGCUUCAGUCAAAUUGCAAUUCAUUACAAAACUAAUCACCACCUUCUGCUCAACACUACUGAAAUGAUCUACGAUGAUGGGCAAAAAACGGUUAAGUUUUCAUGGGAGCAAGACCUCACCCACCUUGAGAGAGAAAAUGUCUCUCUGAUUCUGCGGAGCAAUGAAAUGGAUGUUACCAUGGGAAACAUCCGCGUUGUUAUUCUUCUUCAUAAAAAAGACGGUGACAUUUUUCUGUGGCCUGCCAUUUGGCAACAACCAAAAGAUGUCAGUUUGAUGGGUAUUUUAGGAGAGGCUGAUAUUUCAUACGAGGAGAUCCCAGGAUCACAAACCCCAACUUUGAAGUUAAAGGACAAAGAAGUGAAGACAUCUUGGGUGAUGGUGAAGGACUACAGAUUUGCUUCUGCUCCUGCGGUUGGAUGUUGGCUUGUACCAUUCCAGGCUGUUGCGCAGCGAGAGCUCUCUGACUUCAUUGUCCUUCAGCAGUAGAGUUAAAUAAAUAAAAAAAUAAUUUUUACUGUCUAUUAUCAAACUGCCCUUUUCAGUAAGAUAACAUAUUCGUUAAAUGGGCAUUGUUGGUCAAAUAGCUGUGAAAUUGUUGUCUAUUGGCAUGACCAAGUUAUUUUCAUCUUUAGCAUUCUUUGAUUACCACGGUCUUUGAAUGUGUUCUUCUUUGCCCACACAAAUGCACCUGGGCUUUAGCUGGCAAAAUGUGUGAUAAAAUAGCAAUUAAAAUUGCAUACUAAAAUUUUUUCGAUUGUUUUUUUUUUUUUUUUGUCUUUUGUUUUUUUGUGGUCCUGCCUGAUAAUAUAAAUAAAAGCUUAACAACAAGUUUCUACAAAAUGCAUUUACAAAUGAGAUAAUAUAUUUUCUAGAAAAGCAUGCUUUGAUAUUGACUUAUGUGGGGUUCAAGAGACUCUGAUUGCAAAUAAAGGGGGAGGUUUCUUCAUCCGGUCAAUAAUAGCCAAUAGCAUGAUGUGGACUAGAGUUUAAAAGCAGUGUGCAUUUCGAGGUCAGUUUCCUGUGCAGGUCAUGAUGGAUCGAGCAGCUCUCCGGCUGAUUCUCUUGGGCGUCUUUCUUAUCUCAGCCACUUCUGAUCCUUUUAAGAAG